CGACAAUAACUGACGAAGUCGGAUUUCGGACCGUAAAGGCGCCCCAUCGUUCGCACUCGGGGAGGAACUGUGUGCUUUCCGAAGCUAUCUGAGGUUAUCACUGGGGCCGCACGCGUCUCAAGACCCACGGGCGCCCUCUUUGAACUGUGGCGUACGUGUAAUCGCCUUCUUUGGUUGCAAAUACGAUGUCCGCGCGCGUGCUUCAGAGCCUUCGAGUCCGCUGGCCCACUAUGUUGGUACUCCCCAUGACGCUCCGCUCUCUACUGAACUUGCUUAGGUCCUCGUCGCGAGACCCACCUCCUCAGCGUGCGGGCCGCUGGCAUCCAGACGAAGCCUCUGUGGUCCUUCCUCCAACACGGAGUUCACGAACUCCUGCGCGGCAUCCACGCUAUAAUGGAGCCUCACGUAUCGCUACAACUCGGCGCCAACGAACACCGUUCACAACGGGCUGGAAGCCGCGCAUCUUUAUUGUGGGAUUUUAUGUCGUAACUUCUCCGAGGCACUGGAAACCGCAACAUAAUGAAGAAGACAGGGACAGACUGCGGUUUGAAUUAUACACUGGAUGCCAUGACUACUUGGGGAGAAUAGCGAACGACUUGGACGACGGAGACGGGCGCGCAUGGCCGCUAUGCCGAGAGCAAGCUCCUGGACCCCGCUCUCACCGUGAUUUCUACCCUAUCCGUGUACGACAUACAGACAAAACGAGGGUCAAGCUGACCGAGGAGCGGAUGGCCGCAUUACGCCAGGGAGGCGGGUGGAGAACGAGAGGGAAGCGGGCGAAGUUACGAGAUGAGAGUUCUGGAGCAGCGAUGGUAAUUGCGCCGUUCGGGUCGACCAACCACGGUCGAUCCAUCAAGCGCAGUGCUGCGGUCCUGAGAAGUAGCGACUCCAGAGUAGAGAUGGAAGAUGACGAUUAGUACAACACGGUCUACGAGCCCCUAGCGAUACGUAGCUGCCAUCUUUCUCAGUCGCCGCCUUUCUUGUCG